AGAAAGUGGGGUAACUCUAAUGGAAUAAUUAGUGGGAGGAAUAAUAUUUUUGGACAAAAUGAAUUUGUAAUAUGAUUUAUUAAUUCAACAAUGACAGCUCUAGGGAAGGCUGAGUUUGGUGUUCAAACAUUUUUUGCUGCUAGUCAUCCAAAUGAUAAAUGUGGUGCCAAUGGUUUACCUCUGACUCCAAAUUCAAUAAAAGUUUUGGGGCGAUUUCAGGGUUUAAAAACUCUUCAUCAUCCCCGUUUGUGUAAAUAUCUGGAUAUCCUUCGAACAAAACAUGAACGCCUCAUAAUUGUAUCAGAGCAUUACAGACAGAAUCUACAGACUUUUGUUGAAUCAGGAGAGUUUUCAAGUGAGAAGAAGUUAGUGGGUUUGGCUCAUCAGAUUUUACAGGGUCUAGUUUAUCUACAUCAUAAAAAUAUAACACACAGAAAUCUAGCUCUUAAAAAUAUAUUACUGAACAAUCAGAAUGAAGUCAAAUUGUCUGAGUUUGGUUUAUAUCAUAUGACAGAUGAAGGAGCAGACGUUUCCUUUCCCAUUGGGAAAAUGAAGUACACAUCACCAGAAGUAUUUUGUGGAGGACCUGUAAUGGUGGAUGAUAAUCGAGAAAAAUGUCUGUCACCUCCAUCUGGACCUAAAGUUGAUUGUUGGUCUCUUGGUAUCGUUCUCCUUCAAAUAUUCCUUAAAGAAGAAAUUUGGAGUGAUUUAUCCAUUAGAGAUAUUUCGCAUAAACUUUUACAACUUUUACAAUCAGGAAAACAUCCAUUAGAUUAUUUGGCUGAAGAGGGAAAAUAUCAAGAUAAAUUAAAGGAUUUGUCUAAGGAGAUGUUAGAUUUUCUACGAUUAUGUUUAACAAUAUCUCCAUCAGUUCGACCAACCAGCAAUGAAUUAAAACAACAUGUUAUAUUUAAACAGCUUAAUUUAAAUGAGGUACCAUAUAAAAAUGGUUGUACAUAUAAUUUAUUAUCAGUUGUACCCAGAUCAUUAGAUUUACAAUUACCUGUACUAGAUGAAAAUACUAUUCUAGAUGAAGAUCACCUAUCACAGAGAUCUAUGGAAGAAGUAUAUUAUUUAUGGAGAUUAGCUGGAGGUGAAUUAGAACCAGCAUUAAGAAAAGCCGGACUGAUUAAAACAUAUCCUCCAAUAACUUUAUUACCAUUAUGUAGUACUGUUGAAGGUGAAGUAUUUGGUCAUAAACGAGAUCAAGCUGAAUUACUAGAUGAAACUUUCAUUAUACUCUCUCAAGAUCAACUUAGAAAUAGAUUAAUAGACAUUGAAGAAAAAGCCUAUUAUCCUUUAUUAGAGGAUGAUAUAAAUAGUAAUCUAGGUUUACCAACAUCACCAAGUUGUGGUGAUUUAUCAGAUACAGCUAGUUUACCUCUAGUUAUAAAAGAAAAAGAUAUAGAAUAUCAAUUUCAUCGUAUUAUUUUAUAUGCAAGAUUAUUACAAGGAUAUCCUCAUAAACGUGCCCAUAUAUGGAAAGAAGCAAGACUUGAUAUUCCUCCACUAGUAAGACCACAUGUAUGGGCGGCACUUCUGGAAGUUGAAGGGGAUAUAGAAGGUGAAUAUAUUAAUAUAGAUAAAGAAACACCUACAUCAACAGAUAGACAGAUAGAGGUUGACAUACCACGAUGCCAUCAAUAUCAUGAACUACUGUCAUCACCCACGGCACAUGCCAAAUUUAAACGUGUAUUAAAAGCUUGGGUUGUUAGUCAUCCACAAUAUGUCUACUGGCAAGGUCUAGAUUCACUCUGUGCACCAUUUCUUGCUCUUAAUUUCAAUCAGGAAGCCCUGGCCUACUCCUGUCUAAAAGCCUUCAUUCCUAAAUAUUUACAUAAUUUUUUUCUCAAGGAUAAUUCUGCUGUGAUACAAGAAUAUUUAGCUGUUUUCUCACAUCUUAUAACAUUCCAUGAUGCAGAACUUGGAAAUCAUUUAGAUGGUAUUGGUUUUAUUCCUGAUUUGUAUGCUAUUCCUUGGUUUCUUACUAUGUAUGCACAUGUUUUUCCGUUGCAUAAGAUACUUCAUCUAUGGGAUACAUUGUUGCUAGGCAACUCUUCGUUUCCAUUGUGUAUAGGUGUAGCUAUAUUACAACAACUACGAGCCCGGUUAUUAUCAUAUGGUUUUAAUGAAUGUAUUUUACUUUUCUCUGAUAUGCCAGAAAUCAGUAUAGAAUCAUGUGUUCAAGAAUCUAUAAGAAUAUUCUGCAGUACACCAAAGAGUGCUGCAUACAGACAACAUGCUAGACCAAUUAAAAAAUUGGAGAAUCGUCCAAAUAUUUCAUAUUACAGCCGAGACUACAACGAACAGCCUCAAACUGAACUGUCAAUGGAACCGAUCAGCAUUAAAGAAUUAAAAUCUGAGAAAUGUCCGAGGAUAUCGGCAGAAGAUUUAAUAGAGCUUGGAGAAUUGGCUGGUCCCAGAAACACAAAGAGUCCAACCAAGAAAAAACAGUCAGGCAAACCAAUGAUUCUAGUGAUAGAUGUUAGAAAUAAUGAUGAAUUUAAACGUGGUAAUAUACCAGGUAGUAUCAAUAUACCAUUUCAAACAGCUUUCUCACCUGAAGGUGAUCUAUUACCUUGUCAAUCAGUGUCAACACUCAACUCAUGUAGAAGUCUUGUCAAGGUGGUUGUAGGUAAUAGGGGACGUAACGCUUGUAAUUUCGCAAAUGAAUUGGUUCGGCUGGGAUAUUCUCGAGUUUGUGUUCUGCAUAAAGGAAUUGAUAUUCUUCGUUCAACUGGAUUAAUUAUAGUUCCACCAGCAGAUAUUUAAAAUAUAAGUUGUUGUAUUCAAGUGGAUUAUAAUUUGAAAUAUUUGUAAAAAAAGACUGUAAUAAUACAAGAAUAACAAUACUAUUUGUUUUCAUAUUGGUUUCACACAAUGUGAAGGUGUACAAGUUACCGGAACAUGUUCAAAAUUCUUGCUGAAUGUUUUAUUUAUUAUAUGCUGUAAUUAAUUAUGAAAGCUAAUGAUGUCAGGUCUCAUUUGUUUCAUACAUCAAAUAAUUCUGGCCUUACAUCCAGAAAAAAUACAUCCUUACAUCCAGAAAAACUAAAUAUUUAAAAACUUUGUAUAUUUUGUUGUAUAAAACUGAUAAUGGAUCUUUUUAAUUAAUUAUCUGUUAAUAGAAUAGAAGUGUUUGUUAUAGAAUAUAGUUGUAUAAAUCUGUAUGCGUAAUGCUGCUGAGAACACCCGGUUACACCUAGUAUACACAGCCGAAUAGUACAUUUUGAUAAACAGAAAACUACACUCAUAGUUUGUUUCUAGUGUUUGGUACCCAUAUAUGGAUGAUAUCUAUCUAAAACGUAAAAACUAAUUGAAACGAUUAUUAUAUGAAAAUACGGGAUAUAAAUGGUAGCAACAGAUGAUUAUUGUUGCCAAUACCAGUCUGAUUAAAAUACUUUUAAUGGCCUCUACUGCAGUUGUAGUGGAAGGUUGCGUCGGGGUCAUAUGACCCUAUGACGUCAGACAUUUGAUAACCAAUCUGCAUUGAUGUUUCUGGUAGGAUACCCACAGUUCCCUGCAUCGCAUGCAAGAACUCGCUGCAACAGAUCGUUUCAUUGGCUAAUCCCUCACAUCAACGCGGGUAUAACAACUUUUCCAGAUCAUUUUUAUUUUGUUGCAAAACUCUGCUUUUGAAAAUCAAGGUGAUAUGGUCUAGAUGAUGAAAACCCUUGGCUGUUUUUGGACUUUGGUAUGCUCAUUUAUUCUGUGUUUGGGAGUCUACAAUCCCCCGUGUGCACUAGGUGUUAAACAGCAUAAUAAAUAGUUCAUUCUGCUGAUCACUUCAUACUAGUACAUCAUACAAUAUUAAGUUUGCUUCUUGUUAAAAUUUCUGUCAUUUAGAUGUAUAAACAGGUCUGAAAAUAUGUUAAAAAAUAGAAGUCUUUGUUCUGUGAUGAUAAUUUACUGAUGUAUAAGACUCACCCAUGUAUAAGACGCACAUGUAUAAGACUCACCCAUGUAUAAGGUGCACCCUGUAUAUUUGUCUAUGUACACCUGUUAAAUAUAAAUAUCACAUUAUGAUCAUUUGUCAUCCAUUUAAUGUCCCACUUGUAUUUUAUUGUUACACAUGCAAGGUUAUAUGACAUUUUAUAUUUUUGCUAAAAUCAAUCUUGUUUUGUAUCUCACUUUCUCAAUCUUAUAUUCUGAUACAUGGAAAACAUUCAAAGAACAAAAGGAACAUUGAUCAGCUGAAUAGAUUACAUAUUUUUUCAAGCAAUCUGAUACAAAAGUUAAUUGUAAUUUAUUUGAUUACAUUGAAAUUUACCUGUAAUGGAGAUAACUUUAUAAAUUAUUAUGAAAUUGAUUACAUUUUAAAAUAUAGCUGUAAUCAUUUUAUCAGAAGCCCAUGUAUAUGUUGUAAAGCCAUCUUAAUAAGAUGAAUGUAAUUGUAUUUUAAAUGAUAUUUCAAAGCAAUCAACACCCAAUUUGUUUGUGAAAAUUGAACUUUAUGUAAACUGCAUACCAAAUUUUUAUUGUUUUAUAAAGAUAUAUUUUGUUAAUGGUAUUUGAUAAAUUUUAUAAUCCCAGAUUGUAAUGUGGUUGUAUAUUGCCAUCACCUGUGUCUGUCUGUUCAUCCACAAUUCUUUAUGGAUGCUUUAGAGGCAAACUUCAUCCCCAAUUUACUUAUUAUAAAGUGUUUAUGUUCGUAAGAGAUAUACUGAUUUGAAACAAUUUCCAAUAAGUACCGAUUUGAAACAAUUUCCAAUAAUUAAUUGCAGAGUUAUUACACUUUGAUCACUUUGAAAAAUCGGAUGCACAUUCAUGUGGUUAUUAUCUUAUUGACUUGAAAUUUAUGCACAGUGUUUGUUCAUUGAUAACCUUUUUUAUAGCGUCUUGCAAAUGCUCAUGUAACCAAAAAAACUGUAAGGCGACAACCCUUCAGGACUGCUUGGAUGAUUUUCUGCUGUGGGUGUAUGUUUCUUUGCCUGGCAACCUAUCUUUCAUUAAUGUACAUUUUAUGUAUAUAUAUUGAUAAAAUAUAGAUUAAACUGUAGAGCUCUUUUCCAAAACAUUUUACAAAAUAAAUAAAAAAAAAUUACAUAAGGGUGAUAGAGGUUAAAUGCUUUUGGAUUAGGAAACCAAAUGUUUGAAUAACAUUUAGUGCAUUUUGGAAUCGAGCUCUAGAAAAUCAUUGUGUCACAAAUAAGCUGGAAUCAAUGGAAUGCCCAUAUGUAGCUUUUUCGUAGAAAUCACAAGAGCUUAAAUCAUAUUUGUUUCCCUUUGUGGUAAUGGAAGAAUUAGAAAAAUCUUCCAAUUUGUAGUUUAAUAUGUAUAAAUGUGAAUUAAAUAAUUAGAAAUUACUAAUGGAUAUUUUUCUGAAUAUUUUAUUUUGUUACCAUGUCAUCAGGACUAUAGUCUUGUUAAAUCAUCUUACUUCAGGUAACAUCCUGUAUGGUAAAACUUGUGAAUAUGAUUAUGGCUGGAUCAAGACUAUUAGGUAUUUGAUACAUUAAUGCAUCAAUUGACAAUAUAGGUGAUAAACUGGUUAACAUAUAAGAAAAAACGUCUGGCUUCUCACUAUAUGUCAUUCACUAUACAUGUCUGCAAAAUGACGUAUUAGAGUAGGCUAUCUAGUGUAGUUAGAGACAUACAGAAGUUAAGUCGCCAUAUAUAUUAAGUGUUAAAACGAGCAGUUUUGAUAUAUCUACAGAAUUUGUUGAAAAAAUUUUUCGGCUUUAUUUAAUUGAAUAUGGAUUAUAAAACUUAAACUCAAAUGUGCAGAAAAGUAUAAUUAUAAUGUAUGGUAAUGCCCAUUUCAUGUAAUUUUCAACGUUUUUAUACCAGAAUGUGUGCAUCACAUCAAGAGUUAGGAUUAUGUUUAGUUCUGGUAAAACACUGCACUACAUAAUGACAAAAUAAUGUAAUAAACAAAUGAAACAUAAGAGAUGACAUUUGGUUGAAUAUUUUGUUAUUUGUUUUUAAAUGAAGAAUAAAUAUGUGCAAUAAAGUAAUUU